AUGUGCUAUGGCGUUACCGAAUCAAUAGGAGACAGGCUUUUUUUUAUAGCUUUUAAAAUAUUCUAUUUUCAAUGGUAUGGCGAUGGACUUGACGAGGUUGUUGAAACCCUGGACAGAUUACAUCCUUGGGCACAUAAAGGUCCUGGUGCAGUGGAUUAUAGAACUGGCAAACGCUGGUACUUCCAGUUGUCAUUUGUUGUAAUUUCAUCGUGGAUGUGUUUUCUGUGCAUUUUUCUAUUGCUCCUCAUUACAUCACCCAUGUGGAUCCAUCAGCAGAUCCUUCCCCUUCAUGCAGCCUUUCCUUUUCAAUGGCAUGAUAAGUCGAUUCACCCCAUCAGCCAUGCCAUAAUAUAUUUAUUUCAGAGCUGGUGUGCAGUUUAUACGUUGACUUGGCUCGUGUGCAUCGAGGGACUAUCUGUGAAUAUCUACGUGGAAUUAACAUUUGCCAUAGAAGUUCUAUGCCUCGAACUGCGAAACCUUCAUCGGAGGUGCCAUGGAUAUGAAGAGUUGAGAUUAGAGACGAAUCGCUUGAUCAAGUUUCAUCAGAAGAUUGUUAAGUAAGCCUGGAACCAUCAAAGUAAAUUUGCUUAAAUCUUUCC